AUGCCGGCCUGCCCAAACACAGAAGCAGAUAAAGCAAGUCUUUACGCGCCUGAUAAAUGCACAGAUAUGAAAACGACGCUCAGAAGAAAGAUAUGCGUGGUGACGUCAAACCGCUCCGACUGGAGCAAACUGAAACUUGUUGCAAUCAACUUGAGAAAGUUAUGUACCUCACAAGAUAAUCAAGAAGCGAGCGACAUCCAGGUAGAUAUCAUUUGCUUAGGUUCACACCUAUUGCAUGAACUCGGAGCUACCAAAAAUAUCGUCAAAGAAGAUUUCCCUAAUGCGUACGAACUACACACUCUUGUUGCCGGUGACUCGGUCGAAUCAAUGACGGACUCAGUCGGUUUUGGAAUCGUUAAGCUAACGUCGCUUCUCUGCGCCCUCAAGCCCAACAUCGUUUUAGUACAUGGAGAUAGAUUCGAUGCGUUCUGUGCGGCUAUUGCUGCUAACAUGUUAAACCUCACGAUCGCACAUGUUGAGGGCGGUGAACUUUCUGGAACAGUCGAUGGUACACUCAGGCAUGCUAUCACAAAAUUGUCACACCUGCACUUUACAUGCACGCCAGAGGCUGCAAGACGGAUUCGUGGGAUGGGCGAGAAUCCAGCAUCCAUAUUCGUCACUGGGUGUCCUUCAUAUGAAAGUCUCUUCGCUGUCUCGGCCACGUGUUGGGAAGAUGAGAAAAUGGAUCAGUUCUUCAAUGGUACACCGUUUAAGUUGAAACCUAAUAAGUUCAUCCUUGUGAUAAUGCAUCCAGUGACGAACGAUCUCGAGGAAAGUAACACACUCUACGGCUCACUUCUUAGUUGUCUAUUCAGCAGAAAGACUCCAACGGUCAUGUUUUACCCCAACGUAGAUCCCGGUAACAAAAGCAUGAUUCAAACGCUGCAUAAGCACCAAAAAGCUGACCCGGCCUCCACCAGCUGGCUACGCCUCGUGACGCAUAUGCCGCACGCGAAGUUCACAGCGCUGAUGAGGCAUGCAUCAGCCAUGGUGGGAAACUCAAGCGCGGGCAUUCGCGAGAGUUGUGUUUUUGGUAUUCCUACACUUAAUCUUGGAAGUCGGCAAGAGGGCAGGCGUGUGCCUGCGAAUGUUACUACUCUCGUGAAACCAAGUAUCCGCUCCAUUGAUUGCUGGUUCGAUAAUGAACUUGGCAAAAGGUAUGCUCAAAGCACGAUGUAUGGAUUCCCAGAUUCAGCUAAGCGAAUAGCCCACCACCUUUCCCGCAUAGAUACAUCUGCGGGCCAGCUUAAACAGUUCUGGGAACCGCGAUAUGCCUUGCUGCCACCCUUGCAACCACGCCAGUAUGUCUCCCGAACGCAAGCUAUCUUAGCUGACUCGACCUCUUCGCCGACCUCUUCGCCGAUUGGAAGAUGCAAAAUUCUAGGUUUGAUUACUGCCCGUGGGGGUUCGAAGGGUAUACCUGGCAAAAAUAUUAUUGAUCUAAAUGGGAAACCCUUGAUCCAGUACACAAUUGAAGCCGCACUCAGCUCCAAACAACUAGAUAGAGUGAUUCUGAGCACUGACAGUGACGAGAUCGCUGAAGUAGCCCAGAAUUGUGGCUGUGAAGUCCCGUUCAGGCGCCCUUCAGAGCUUGCGGCAGAUGAUUCUUCGCACCUCGCAUGCAUUGUUCAUGCGUUGAACAUUCUUCGAGAAACUGAGUGUUUCGUACCAGAUUUCGUUGUGAUAUUGCAGCCGACAAGUCCUUUCCGCAAGAGUAUCGACAUUGACUCGUGUAUCAACAUAAUGCUUACAUCAUCGUGUGACAUGGUCUUGAGUGUCUGCGAAUCAUCUUUGAACCUCUCUAAGAAUUUUUACUUCGCAGCUGACGGAACCCUUUCACCAUUCGCGGAGUCAACAGCAGAGAUUGAUUAUACACCAAGGCAAAAACUGUUGAAAACGUAUGCCGAGAACGGGGCUGUCUAUGUUUUGCGAACGCAGUCGCUUCUUUACCCUCCUGAUAAUGCGCCAAACGUCGGAUCAUUUCGCUCUGCAGACACGAAGGGUUAUGAAAUGCCGGUUGAACGGUCUUUAGAUAUCGACAACCCCUUUGAUCUGCAUGUUGCCCGACUUCUCAUGGCGAAGCCAUUCUAA